AUGACCAAAGAAAACAAUCGAAGUCCGGAUCCGAAGCCAUACGAUGCUCUCUCUUACACAUGGGAAGAUGACGAGAUCGGCCAUUCCAUCGGACUGUUGCGUGAAUCCAUAGCUUAUCCGGUGCCCAUACGACCCAACCUGAAGGCUGCUCUACUACAGCUGCGAGAUCCAAAGGAGCCCCGAUAUCUCUGGGUCGAUGCACUGUGCAUCAACCAACGUGACAACAAGGAGAAGAGUGAACAAAUCCCGUGGAUGUUCCACAUCUUCAGCAGGGCGAGGAGCGUCUGCGUGUGGCUCGGGCGUGAAGAGGGGGACGGUGGAAGAGCGAUGGACUUCAUCCGAAGACUGAUAUCGAUAUCUGACGAUUUCGAUCACCUGGUGGCAGACCACAAUCUAUCCAAAGACUAUGUGGCGCUGUCGAACUUGCUGAAGCGACCCUGGUUCAGCCGCCGUUGGAUUGUCCAGGAGAUUGCGCUGGCCAAGAGUGCGACUUUGCACUGUGGCAAGGAGUCCAUCUCCUGGGAGGAUUUUGCCGAUGCUGUAUCGCUUUUCGUCAACGCACAGCCCAAGAUCCAGACCGUGUUUCGUAACUCGCACGAGUUUCAUAACGAUCCCGAUUACCUCGGUGAUCUCGCGGAAUAUGCCGGUGCCCGCCUGGUCCAGGUCGCGGACGACAUCUUCCGAAAGACGGAGGAUGGCCGAAUCAUGGUGCGGUUGCUGUCGUUGGAAGAGCUCAUGUCGACGCUGUCAGGAUUCGUGACCACGGAUCCUCGUGACGUGCUAUACGCGAUCCUUUCGCUCGCACGGGAUGCGCGACCGGGAUCGAAAGACGCAUUCAUCUCCCAAGUUGGAGAUGGUCUUGAGCAACAAGGAAACCAUUCGUCGAAUGGGCCACCUGUAUCUCCAAUUUCUCCUAUGUCUUAUGUCCAGAACGAGCAGUGGUCAGGGCUGACUCCAGCCAUGGCCCUUAGGGGUGGUGGCCAGGCGCCAAGAUCAAGAGCAUCAUCGGACGCCCGAUCCGACAACUUAAGCACCGUGUCUGCUCCUGGCCCGGCCGGCCUCGCAGUCCCUGUACGUGGCAGGGGAAGAGCUUAUUCGGAUGCCGAGUCCAUUGGAACUGCAGCUGAAAGGCAACAUAAUCAGCAGAGCGGCUCUGACCAAGGCCAGGUACCUGUCGUUGUGCACCCCGCUGCGGACGUUAAUGGAGGAGGCGUAGUGGUCCCAAAUGAUGCCGAUUCACACGAUACUGCGGAAUAUACUCCUGGUGGUGAGCGGGUGAAUGGGCAAGACAUCAACAGUCCGCCACCGAGGCGUCCUCAACUAUCGAUUGAUCCUGUGUACAAUGAGCUGGCGAAAAAGUUCAUAAGGACACUCCGCCAGCAAACGAUACUCCACCGGAUCCCUGUUGAUUAUGACAAGAACAUCGUCGAAGUCUGUCGGGACGUCUUGUUCUUCACCGUCUCCACUUCGGGUUCGCUCAACAUGCUCUGUCGCCCCUGGGCGCCGGCGGACGAGUCGCUGCCAUCGUGGAUUGCACCCAUCAGCCGGAACCCGUUUGGACUUGGGAAGAAUGGCGUCUACCAUCGGGUCAACGCGGAUCCGCUCGUUGGCCAGCCAGGCCCGGGGCGGAGUUUCUACAACGCGGCGAAGACGACGCCCGCAAUGGUCAAACCAAACCCCAAGAUAAUGACCAGUCUGGUUGCCUAUGGGUUUGUCCUGGGCGCUGUCAAGGAGAAGAAAUUGCCUGCUCUGGCGGGUGUGAUCCCGGCAGAAUGGAACGAGGUCGUCGGUUGGAAGGACACCUCCAAGCCGCCCCCGGAAGGGUUUUGGCGCACGCUGGUCGGGAAUCGCGACUCGUCGGGUCGACUGCCGACACGACUGUGGAAGAACGCAUGCCAAAAGGCAUUCGAGCUCCGACCCAAGGGGGGCGAUCUGGUCGUGAAAGAGGUCAUCACGUACAAGUCGCCCGAGUUUGUCAAGAAAUAUCUGGAACGCGUCCUGCAGACGGUGUGGUCUCGGCGGCUAGCCUUCUUGGAGAACAGUCGUGGGAAGCGGACGCUGUGUCUUGCGCCACGGGAGGCGAAGAAGGGCGACAAAGUGUGCAUCCUGUAUGGAUGCAGUGUGCCUGUCCUGCUCCGCGAAUGCAGGGAAGAGCGGCAGGCUAUGAUUACUGCCAACCAUGACGGCGAGACGAACCCAAGCGCCAGUGCAAGAAGGACGUCCGCAGUCGAGGCGCGUGUCACCUACAAGGUGAUCGGUGAAUGCUACGUGCAUGGCAUGAUGGAUGGCGAGGCUAUUGCAUACCAACAACAAAAGAAGAUAGAGCACCAGCAUUUUGAUCUGAGGUAG